UCUAUGGCAUAUAUUUGGUAUUACACACAAUGUCAUUUUGGUACAAAAUAUUAAAUGUUAAAAAUAUAUACUGUAUAGUUCUCCAUUUUUAUGCAUUAGCUAGCGGUUCGGAGCUGCAGGAAUCAGGAAUUUAUAUGAGACAGAGAAUAAAAUAGGUCUGUUUACAAUUAUGUUUAAAUUACAGACAUGCCAUUGAUUUCUUAGAAUCUCCAUAAUGAGCUUAAUUAGGCUAUAGUGACACGAAUAUAGCUAUAAAUAAUUCAUUUAAAUGGGUCUAACAUUAAUAAUUGCCCAGUGAAGUAGACUGCAUAAUAUAACACAAUGCAUUUAGAAAUAUACCUGGUAUGUGUAGACUAAUUAUUAUCAUGUCUUUGUUUUUAGGACCAUGGAAGAUAGUUUAAUGCCGCGCGCUUUAUGCACCAACGACAGCAAAUUUCUCCACCAUCAUGUCCCUGAUUUCUUCACCAGUGUCCAGGUUACACAGGACAUACCAGCCGGGGUGUCUUUCGGCCCUUGUGUGCUUCAUAAUACUUUUUAUGAUACAAUAGCGUUCAUCGCCUUGAAGUCGUUUGACAGAGGAAGGAAAUCCUACGUGUUCAGGGUAGAUCCGGACGCAUUAAAGAGUUCUCCGUUAGUGGUUCCUUGGCUCAGGUUGGUGCAGGCUGCUAUGGACGCAGAAGAGCAGAACACAGAGGCCUAUCUGAAAGGCGGCCAGCUGUAUUUCCGCACUAUCCAAGACAUUAGCCAAGGGGAGGAACUGCUCGUCUGGUACGACGAGGAGCUGUCUCAUCUUUUGGGCUUUAGCGACAUUAAAGCCAGGGCCCUGACAGUUGGUAAGGACUGCUCACAUUGUUAUGAGUUACGAAUGUCGUCCCUAUUUAGCGCGCGCCUAUUCACAAACAUAGGCUAUAACAAUUGUGGCACAUUGCGCAUGCAUUGGUAUGCAUAUGGGUGUAAUUAUAGCUAUAAAUGUAUCUUUUAUACAGGUUACUCGUGUGGGAAGUGCGGACAGGAGUUCAAGCACGAAAACCCUUUCCUAGCUCACUGUCGCUUUCUGUGCGCUCAAGUAAAAGCGGACGCGUGGCGAGGAGACGGCGAAACGCGGCGACAGCGCAGUGUCACGGACUUCCACAACAUCGCAAGGGACAUGGAACAUAAAAAGUCUUCAGAGGAUCGGAAAAGGAGGCACGACGAAGCUUUGAGUCCGAGAUGCAGAAAACCUGUUUUGCUGGAGAAAAAGAACAUGGCCAACCAUAAUAACAUGACACACGUGCAUAGAGAAUAUCCACAUGACCAUGAUUUUAUGGCACCAACCAUGAAAGUCUCCAGUUCACCAAGUUCGAAGUUAAAAAGCGCCAAAAGCAGUGCGUUUGCAGAGAUCAAGAAAGCGAAAUCGGACCAGCCAUCCAGGGCAGAGGAUAUAAUAAGGGAAAAUCCAUCCGUUUCGACUUUACAGUUGGACAGGGAGGCUGGUUUGGGCCUUCAGUCCGACUCCAGUGCCUUUUUGCUCUGGAGUGCGCAUGCGGAGCAAAAGAGCGCUUUCUGCAAGCCCAGUAAACUCAGCAUCACUGAGGACCAGCAGCAUCAGAGACCCGCGGGCCCUUCGGAUGAGGUUUCAGAACACGCAGCUUUGGGAUACAGAAAUAUGUUGGCCUCUCAUUUGUUUCAAGGCGACCUGUCUAGCACACAAACAGUCUCGCCGACAGCUCCCCUGAGCGCUGCGGGUUCCUUUCAUUACGCACCGGAAGUGUGGUGCAGGAACAUCAGCGGGCCUUUACAGCCGACCUCUUCUCUCACUCUUCUUCCUCCUACUCUCAGCUCUCUGGGUGUCACGGUGCAGAACUGGUGCGCUAAGUGCAACCUCUCAUUCCGGAUGACUUCGGAUUUAGUGUUUCACAUGCGCUCGCACCACAAGAAAGAGUUCGCCGCCGAGGCUCAGGGUCGGAGGAGAAGAGAGGAGAAGCUCACCUGCCCCAUCUGUCAUGAGUACUUCCGCGAACGUCAUCACCUCUCGCGUCACAUGACAUCGCAUAACUGAACGAUGGAUUAAAAAAGUGUUUUUUGGGACUGUCUUAGGCUCGUAUGGUGCAUCAGGCCACGCGUAUAUUAUAGCCUAGAGAAAUGGUAGAGAGACAUGACUCAAGUAGCUAUUCCUGAAUGUUAACACUCCAAAUAACACAAUGAGACCUAAAUACAGCAAUGUCAAAUUUGAAGCGGAACAUAUUCUAACAUAAGCAGAACUAAGAUCAAAAUAGCCCAUGGUAACAUUUUCAUAUACUAUUUGGGUCCCUUAUUAACACGAUGUGAUAAUUAAUUAAUUAAUUCUAUAGGAUACAGAUUUAAAAUCAGCAAUUUGACUAAUUUGAUCAUUUACUGAGGUGUUAUUUUCACACCUGUGGUAAAAAUUCUGCAUGUGCUCUAUAUUUACUCAGAAGACCAAUACUGAACUUUCUGUAUGUGUCAUGAAUCUCCACAAGAUGGCCACAGAACUCCGCAACAGAAUUUCCAAUUCGCAUUAUCAUGACCUUAGUUUUCCAUCUGUCUUUCUCUCCACUCUAUCUGGGUUAAUGAAAGGGGAAAUUGAACCAUACAGUACUAAUUUUACAAUAAGGCUACGAUUAAUAUUGAGUUACAACUGAUAGUGCCUUAUAAAUCUCAGGUUUGAAACUAUAGAGCUAUGUCUAGUCAUUUCACUAACUUUGCUAGCAAACUGACUAAUCCCCGAGUAGGGUUUACUUAGUUGUUUUUUGUUUGUUUUGUUUUAUUUUUAGUUGUUGCACUAUAGUCGAAGUAAUAAUUUUUUCCUAAUGUAGGGUAUAGGACAUGUUCAGUGACACCUUCAUCAUAAGGCCUAUAAAGUCACUUUUGUCACCACAAAGGACAAAAAUAUGUAGCCUAGUUAUUUGCGAAGGGCUUUUUCUUUGGAAAUUGGUAUAUAUAAGUCCAGUAUAAGUCCUACUUUAAAGACUGCAACACGUGUGAGUUUGGCUUUUGUUUUUAAUUGUGACUGUAGUCACUCAGAACGUAUUGGCUUAAGGAUUAUAAGAUAUUUUAAAUGAAUUGUUGAAAAUAUCUGUCCAAGUAAUGAAGCUAGAUUAUUGCAUAUGGAUAGAUGUUAAAUUAGCACACAUAAUGCAUAUUAA